GGGUGGUAUGUCAUGGGGUCUAUAACGCUGUACUCCAACCAAAUGUUCCCAUCGUUGCGUCAGGUAUGGGAAAGUUCUCACUAACAUUCCCACCAAACUCCUCGACUUGUUGACGUGUAUGGUGGGCCUUCAUAGUUGCCCCCAACAAUUAUAUAGCUACCACUAUUAUUUCUUGGCCAGCGCCACCAGACAUGAACCCAAAUAUAUCUCACUUAUUCAAUAAGAACCUGUUCAACUUAACAUACUACGCGUUGUUUGACACUACCUUACCUUUGUCACCAGUUUCAGACGCCAUUUAUUGCUAUGAAGCAGGAUGAGGACGAGGCGACCUCAAGUCUUGCCAAUAUACCGCGAAUGGAAGAAACCUCGACGGUCUUACCGAAGCCGGUAGCAAGUGCCAUCAGUCUUGCCACCAAGUCAUCAGCCUUAUACCUUCGCCUCGGAACACUUGUGGGCAAACUUGCCAUCGAUGGAGCGCGUGUUACCACGGUCACAGGCCUGGAGCUGAGCCGCGCCGUGGUUGAGCGCAUACUGUUCAGUGCCGGUGAAGAUGUUGUGAAGAAGAGCACUGGUCAAAUAGGGCGACAGGAGGCCGAGGGGUUACUCGAGCGGAGCAUCUCAAGGCUUCACUCGACGAUAACACACAUAUCAUUCGCAGCAUCUGCCGGCUUUCACCUAUCUUCAGCGGGCCUUUCGGCGGCAUCAGACGUAUCACAGCACCUGUUGAUAACACUCGACUCGAUAUUCGGUUCGACCGACUCCUCUCGUGCUAUCGCGAGCAUUAUCACACUUGUGCGGAGGGAGUUCCAGAAUCCAGCUACAGGACAACCAGGUGAAAAAGUAGGAGUGGUGGAUUUACUGGUUGGAGUGUGUGGCCUUGCUCUACUUCAGCAAUGGUGUAAGAAGUCGAGCGAGCAAGAAGCUCAAGAUGGCCACUAUAAAGAUAUCGUAUGGGAUGUUGUCAUCCUCGAUGACGGUAGCCGUGCCGACACGGGAGAACCUUGGCUCAUAACUGCUGCCGACGCUGGGCAAGGAAUACAAGACAACAAUACACGAGACCUUGCUGUAGAGGACGACGGAGAUGGACCCGAGGCUCGCCUGCGAGAACGCAUUAUGCAAUCGUUGCCUCCAGAUGCCACCGUAUCAAUAACCACCGAAACAACCACGACGAAGGUGACGACUGUAGAGAUCAGUGGUGCCCAACCUCUUGACCUCUUGCCACCUCCUGGGGCCGAAGUGAUUGAAGAGAAUGCCCACCAUUUUAACAACGGAGAUUUCGCCGACAGUCAUAAUGCCUCUCACCCGCAAUCUCGAUACCGUGUUGUCUACCGCACCGUCCAUAACAAAAUUCGUGGCACAGAUAUCGCAGCAAAGGAUGGACCGGAUACUUCAUUUACUCAGGCAAAAGUGGAAGAACUUCCCGAUACACCAGCAGAUAUGGAUUGGCAACCCGAGGACGUCGAACCACUUCUGAUGGAGCACUCGCCUAGCAACACAGCAAAUUCCAAGAGAGCCAGGCAGUCACAUAACACAUCGUCUCACCAGACCCAAGGUGGCUCAAGCCGUCCUUCCACCCGCACGUCGGAAUCAACAAGCAAAAUGCCACUGGCGAAGAAAGCAAAAGUUGAUACACCGAAUAAAAAGGGUACCGAGAAGAAGGGGACAUUACGUGAUGCUCUCCGGAAGGGGCCACAGGCAACCAUUUCCAAUAUACUGGGUAAAGACACCCAGGUUGCCGCUACCUCGUCUUCGACGAAACCGAAUCCACCCUGGCAGAUGUCUGGCGUUGCUGGGUCUAGCAAACGACCUGAAUCCAAGCCGGUGAGGCCACCACACCUUCCAGUGCCGGAUCGAGGUUCAAGUAGUAUGCGGACAAGAAGCGGACCCCUUGUUCCGAAGUCUACUUCUCGACAGCCGGUAGAUGAAGUACAAUAUAGCCAUCCAAAACCCCACUCAAGAUCUCAUUCCCGCGCAAGCUAUUAUGAGGUACACGAAAGACGCCGGGACUCCAUAGUAUCUCAGACAGAUACCUACUCCAUACACUCGACUGAUACUUCCCGGGCUUCGUCGCCGACACAGUUGAGGUCACACAUGAGAAACCAAAGCAGUUUGAUGCGUACUCGCUCUGGUAAAGAUUUGAACAUUAUCCCUUCAUCAUACCAACGACACUCGAAAACUCCCGAGCCUUCGCCAUUAUUUGCUCAUCGAAGCACAAAUUCGUAUGAUCCCAGCAUCUAUACGCUGAAAACGAACAAUUCGGAAACGUCACUAGUGUUGGCUCAUCUCAGCAAAGGUGCCUUUGACGAUGAAGAAUCCGUGCAGCUAUUGAGAAGAAACGGCUCGGUCCCGGGCCUCUUCCCUCGCAAUCAUUUGGUGCGGAAUAUCAGUCGAUUCGCUCGGUUCGCGUCUGCUUCUUACGGCUCGAAUUUCAUGAGACUCAUGGGGAUAUCUGCUACCCCUACGAGCAGCUCAGCAAUUCCAGAUUCGUCCCAUCAUUACGAGCACCAUUCGUUCAGUUCCCACACGCAACUUCCGUCAUCUACAAUUCUACUCAGCUCCUUUGUGGACCCCCAGGGAGGCACAGAUGCUGCGGGAAAAACAGGGACCAGCAUCCCUCUUGUGCACUUUAUAUCAUUGGACCAUGAGUCUCAAGCCGUUGUAUUAUCGUGCCGGGGUACGUUGGGUUUCGAAGAUGUUCUGACAGAUAUGACAUGUGACUACGAUGACAUGCAUCUCCGCAAUAGGAGCUACAGAGUCCACAAGGGAAUCUAUGCUUCUGCCCGCCGCCUUAUUUCCGGGGCCGAGUCACGCGUUCUAGCCACCAUAGCAGCUGCCCUCGAAGAAUUUCCAACAUAUGGGCUGGUGAUGUGUGGACACAGUCUUGGAGGCGGCGUGGUUUCCCUACUCGCGAUAAUGUUGGCCACCCCUGGAUCAGACCCAGAACACAACGCAUUCGUGACAACAACAGGGCCACCCCAAUCCGGCCUACCUCUCACAUCCUCUCCAAACACAACCGACGCACCUCCACAGGCAAUAUCUCUCCCAGCCGGCCGUCCCAUCCACGUCUAUGCCUACGGCCCACCCGCCACCCUCUCGCCGUCCCUCCGCCGCCUCACUCGUGGUCUUAUAACCACAAUCGUCAACAAAAACGACCUCGUCCCCUCCCUCUCUCUUGGUGUCCUACACGACCUCCAAGCUGUCGCCCUAGCCUUCAAGGCCGACUCCACGGGCGCCGCGUCACGCGUGCGCGCCCGCGUCUGGAACAGCCUUUCCAGCGGUUUGAUGGAGCAGUGGUAUCGCGGAGACUAUGUACACGGCUCUGGGCCGAGCGAGGAGGACGACCAGUGGGCGUGGGCGACGCUCAAGACGCUGCGGGCGAGCAUGCAGAGCGAGAAGCUGGUUCCCCCUGGGGAAGUGUUCCAGGUUGAAACGACGGCAGUGUUAAGGCGAGAUGCGUUUACGGUGGAUGGAAAGGAUGGAUUGGGGAGGCCGGCGACGAGGGCUGUGUUGAGGUAUGUGAGAGAUGUGGAGGCGGUGUUUGGGGAGGUGCAGUUUGGGGGCGGGAUGUUGGGGGAUCACAGUCCGGGGAGGUAUGAGAAUUCUUUGAAGACUUUGGGAAAGGGUGUUUUGGGGGGGUUGAGAUAG